GCGCUGGUCAUUACGGUGAUGUGACAGAGUCCGUGAUACAGCGCGAUCUCUCUCACAGCUUACUCAUCGGUUAAUCUCGGUUAGUCUCGGCUCAUUGUGCAGGGAAAUGUCUGACAGUGGCGGGGGAGAGGACGGUGGCGGUGUGAUGGAGGGUUCUGCUGCCGUACACACAGUGGCGGACGCCUCAGUGCUGCAGAAACACAUCCGAAAGCUCGUGCCACUGCUCCUGGAAGAUGGCGGAGACGCGCCCGCGGGCCUCGAGAGCGCGCUGGAGGAGAAGAGCGCGCUCGAGCAGAUGAAAAAGUUCCUGUCAGAUCCACAGAUUCACUCGAUUCUGGUGGAACGGAACGCGCUGAAAGAGGAUGUUGGCGAUGAAGGCGAGGAGGAGCGCGAGUGCAUUUCCUACAGCGUUAGCAUCGACAUCCACUACGGGCUCAAAUCUAACAGCCUGGCGUUGAUCAAGCGUACGGGAGUCAUCGACGCGGAUAAACCGAUCUCCACACAGGUGCGUGUUCUGACGCUCAGCGAAGACUCCCCGUACGAGACCCUGCACUCCUUCAUCAGCAAUGCGGUCGCUCCGUACUUCAAAUCCUACAUCCGGGAGUCUGGCAAAGCCGACAGGGAUGGAGAUAAAAUGGCCCCGUCGGUGGAGAAGAAGAUCGCGGAGCUGGAGAUGGGGCUGCUGCACCUCCAGCAGAACAUCGAGAUCCCCGAGAUCAGUCUGCUCAUACACCCCACCAUCAGCAACGUGGCCAAGCAGUGCUACGAGCGCGCAGAGAAGCCCAAGGUCACCGACUUCGGGGAUAAGGUGGAGGAUCCCAGCUUCCUGAACCAGCUGCAGUCCGGCGUCAACCGCUGGAUCCGGGAGAUACAGAAGGUGACGAAGCUGGACCGGGACCCGGCCUCGGGAACGGCCCUGCAGGAGAUCAGCUUCUGGCUGAACCUGGAGCGCGCGCUGAACCGGAUCCAGGAGAAGAGGGAGAGCCCCGAGGUGCUGCUCACGCUCGACAUCCUGAAGCACGGCAAGCGCUUCCACGCCACCGUCAGCUUCGACACCGACACAGGGCUAAAGCAGGCUGUGGAGACGGUGAACGAUUACAACCCGCUGAUGAAGGACUUCCCCCUCAACGACCUGCUGUCGGCCACCGAGCUGGACAAGAUCCGGCAGGCGCUGGUGGCCAUCUUCACUCACCUCCGCAAGAUCCGCAACACCAAGUACCCGAUCCAGCGAGCGCUGCGUCUGGUGGAGGCCAUCUCCCGGGACCUGAGCUCGCAGCUGCUGAAGGUGCUGGGCACACGCAAGCUCAUGCACGUGGCCUACGAGGAGUUCGAGAAGGUGAUGGUGGCGUGUUUCGAGGUGUUCCAGACGUGGGAGGACGAGUACGAGAAGCUGCAGGUGCUGCUGAGGGACAUCGUGAAGAGGAAGCGGGAGGAGAACCUGAAGAUGGUGUGGCGUCUGAGUCCUGCGCACCGCAAGCUGCAGGCCCGGCUGGACCACAUGAGGCGCUUCAGACGCCAGCACGAGCAGCUCCGGGCCGUCAUCGUGCGCGUGCUGCGGCCUCAGGUGUCCGCCGUGUCCCAGCAUGCUCAGGGAGAGACCGCCGAGCCGGCCGAUCUGAAGGUGGCCGAGGUUCUGUUCGACGCUGCGGACGCGAACGCCAUCGAGGAGGUCAAUCUGGCGUACGAGAACGUGAAGGAGGUGGACGGCCUGGACGUGUCGAAGGAGGGCAUGGAGGCGUGGGAGGCGGCCAUGAAGCGCUACGACGAGCGCAUCGACCGCGUGGAGACGCGCAUCACGGCCCGCCUGCGCGACCAGCUGGGCACCGCCAAGAACGCCAACGAGAUGUUCCGCAUAUUCUCCCGCUUCAACGCCCUGUUCGUGCGGCCGCACAUCCGCGGAGCCAUCCGCGAGUACCAGACGCAGCUCAUCCAGCGCGUCAAAGACGACAUCGAGUCCCUGCACGACAAGUUCAAGGUGCAGUAUCCUCAGAGCCAGUCCUGCAAGAUGAGCCACGUGCGGGACCUGCCGCCCGUCUCCGGCUCCAUCAUCUGGGCCAAGCAGAUCGACCGGCAGCUCACGGCCUACAUGAAGCGCGUGGAGGACGUGCUCGGCAAGGGCUGGGAGAACCACGUGGAGGGCCUGAAGCUCAAGCAGGACGGCGACAGCUUCCGCGCCAAGCUCAACACGCAGGAGAUCUUCGACGACUGGGCCCGAAAGGUGCAGCAGCGCAACCUGGGCGUGUCGGGCCGCAUCUUCACCAUCGAGAACACGCGCGCGCGCGGGCGCACCGGCACCGUGCUCAAGCUCAAGGUCAACUUCCUCCCCGAGAUCAUCACGCUCUCCAAGGAGGUGCGCAACCUGAAGUGGCUGAGCUUCCGCGUGCCGCUAGCCAUCGUCAACAAGGCCCAUCAGGCUAACCAGCUGUACCCGUUCGCCAUCUCGCUCAUCGAGAGCGUGCGCACGUACGAGCGCACCUGUGAGAAGGUGGAGGAGCGCACCUCCAUCUCGCUGCUCGUGGCCGGCCUGAAGAAGGAGGUGCAGGCGCUCGUCACCGAGGGCAUCUCGCUCGUCUGGGAGUCCUACAAGCUCGACCCGUACGUGCAGCGGCUGGCCGAGACCGUCUUCAACUUCCAGGAAAAGGUGGAUGAUCUCCUUCUGCUCGAGGAGAAGAUUGAUCUGGAGGUGCGUUCGCUAGAAACCUGCAUGUACGAGCAUAAGAUGUUCACGGAGAUCCUGAACCGCAUCCAGAAGGCCGUCGAUGACCUGAACCUGCACUCGUACUCCAAUCUGCCCAUCUGGGUCAACAAGCUGGACAUCGAGAUCGAGCGUAUCCUUGGGGUGCGUCUGCAGGCGGGGCUCAAGGCCUGGACGCAGGUCCUGCGGGGACAGAUGGAGGACAAGGCCGAUGUGGACAUGGACACGGAGGCGCCGCAGCUCAGCCACAAGCCGGGAGGAGACCCCAAGAUUAAGAAUGUCAUCCAUGAAUUGAGGAUCACAAACCAGGUCAUCUAUCUGAACCCGCCGAUCGAAGACUGCCGCUACAGGCUUUACCAGGAAAUGUUCGCUUGGAAGAUGGUCAUUCUGUCUCUGCCCAGAAUCCAGAGUCAGAGAUAUCAGGUCGGUGUUCACUACGAGUUAUCCGAAGAGGAGAAGUUCUACAGGAACGCUCUGACCAGGAUGCCCGACGGCCCGUCUGCCCUGGAGGAGGCGUAUAACGCAGUGAAGGAGAACGUCUCCGAGGUGGAGCAGUACGUCAAGGUGUGGCUGCAGUACCAGUGUCUGUGGGACAUGCAGCCCGAGAACAUCUACAACCGUCUGGGGGAAGACCUCAACAAGUGGCAGGCGCUGCUGGUGCAGAUCCGCAAAGCUCGAGGCACGUUCGACAACGCCGAAACCAGGAAAGAGUUCGGGCCGGUCAUCAUCGACUACGGCAAGGUCCAGUCGAAGGUGAACCUGAAGUACGACUCGUGGCAUAAGGAGGUGCUCAGCAAGUUCGGGCAGAUGCUGGGCAACAACAUGCAGGACUUCCACUCCCAGAUCUCCAAGUCUCGCCAAGAACUGGAGCAGCAUUCGGUGGACACGGCCAGCACCUCUGACGCCGUGACCUUCAUCACGUACGUGCAGACGCUGAAGCGCAAGAUCAAGCAGUUCGAGAAGCAAGUGGACGUGUUCCGCAACGGCCAGCGUCUGCUGGAGAAGCAGCGCUUCCAGUUCCCGCCCUCGUGGCUCUACAUCGACAACAUCGAGGGGGAGUGGGGCGCCUUCAGUGACAUCAUGAAGCGCAAAGACACGGCCAUUCAGCAGCAGGUGGCCAACCUCCAGAUGAAGAUCGUGCAGGAGGACCGAGCGGUGGAGAACCGCACCACUGACCUGCUGUCCGACUGGGAGAAGACCAAACCAGUGGGGGGCAGUCUGCGUCCAGAGGAGGCGCUGCAGUCGCUUACCAUCUACGAGGGCAAGUUUGGGCGUCUGAAAGAUGACCGUGAGAACUGUGCGAAGGCCAAGGAGGCGCUGGAGCUGACGGACACGGGCCUGCUGAGCAGCAGCGAGGAGCGAGUGCAGGUGGCUCUGGAGGAGCUGCAGGAUCUGAAGGGCGUGUGGUCCGAGCUGUCGAAGGUGUGGGAGCAGAUCGACCAGAUGAAGGAGCAGCCGUGGGUCUCGGUGCAGCCGCGCAAGCUGCGGCAGAAUCUGGACGGGCUCCUGAACCAGCUGAAGAACUUCCCCGCCCGCCUGCGCCAGUACGCCUCGUACGAGUACGUGCAGCGGCUGCUCAAGGGCUACAUGAAGGUGAACAUGCUGGUGAUCGAGCUGAAGUCGGAGGCGCUGAAGGACCGGCACUGGAAGCAGCUGAUGAAGCGUCUGCAUGUGAACUGGGUUCUGUCGGAGCUGAGUCUGGGCCAGAUCUGGGACGUGGACCUGCAGAAGAACGAGAUGGUGGUGAAGGACGUGUUGCUGGUGGCUCAGGGGGAGAUGGCCCUCGAGGAGUUCCUCAAACAGAUCCGAGAAGUGUGGAACUCGUACGAGCUCGAUCUGGUCAACUAUCAGAACAAGUGUCGUCUGAUCCGCGGAUGGGACGAUCUGUUCAACCGGGUCAAGGAGCACAUCAACAGUGUGUCUGCCAUGAAGCUCUCCCCGUACUACAAGGUGUUCGAGGAAGACGCUCUGAGCUGGGAGGACAAGCUGAACCGCAUCAUGGCGCUGUUCGACGUGUGGAUCGACGUGCAGCGCCGAUGGGUUUACCUGGAGGGCAUCUUCACCGGCAGCGCAGACAUCAAACACCUGCUCCCCGUGGAGACCCAGCGCUUCCAGAGCAUCAGCACGGAGUUCCUGGCUCUGAUGAAGAAGGUGACCAAGUCUCCUCUGGUCAUGGACGUCCUGAACAUCCAGGGGGUUCAGAGGUCACUGGAGAGACUGGCCGAUCUGCUGGGGAAGAUCCAGAAGGCACUGGGAGAAUAUCUGGAGAGGGAGCGCUCGUCUUUCCCCAGGUUCUACUUCGUGGGCGAUGAGGAUCUGCUGGAGAUCAUUGGCAACAGCAAGAACGUGGCCAAACUGCAGAAGCACUUCAAGAAGAUGUUUGCAGGCGUGUCCAGCAUCCUGCUGAACGAGGACAGCACUGAGGUCCUGGGCAUCUCGUCCCGCGAGGGGGAGGAGGUGUUCUACAAGACGGCGGUGUCCAUCACGGAGCAUCCGAAGAUCAACGAGUGGCUGACGCUGGUGGAGCGUGAGAUGCGUGUGACGCUAGCCAAGCUGCUAGCCGAGUCCGUGACGGAGGUGGCCGCCUUCAACAAGGGCAGCGGCAUCGACCUGAGCACAUACCUGCACUGGAUCGACCGAUACCAGGCCCAGCUGGUGGUUCUGUCGACCCAGAUCGACUGGUCCGAGAACGUGGAGAACGCGCUGACCACGAUCGCCGGCGGAGAGAACAUGGAUCCGCUUCAGGCCGUGCUAGUGAACGUGGAGGCGACGCUAAACCUGCUAGCAGACACCGUCCUGAUGGAGCAGCCGCCGCUGCGCAGGAGGAAGCUGGAGCAUCUGAUCACGGAGCUGGUGCACCAGAGAGACGUGACCCGAGCUCUGAUCAGGAACAAGAUCGACAACCCGAAGUCGUUCGAGUGGCUGAGUCAGAUGCGCUUCUACUUCGACCCGAAGCAGACGGACGUCCUGCAGCAGCUCUCCAUCCAGAUGGCCAACGCCAAGUUCAACUACGGCUUCGAGUACCUGGGCGUGCAGGACAAGCUGGUGCAGACGCCGCUGACGGACCGCUGCUACCUGACCAUGACCCAGGCGCUGGAGGCCCGGCUCGGGGGCUCGCCCUUCGGUCCUGCCGGCACGGGGAAGACGGAGUCGGUGAAGGCUCUCGGACACCAGCUGGGCCGCUUCGUGCUGGUCUUCAACUGCGACGAGACCUUCGACUUCCAGGCGAUGGGCCGCAUCUUCGUGGGCCUGUGUCAGGUGGGAGCCUGGGGCUGCUUCGACGAGUUCAACCGCCUGGAGGAGCGCAUGCUGUCCGCCGUCUCCCAGCAGGUGCAGUACAUCCAGGUGGCGCUGCGGGAGCACAUCAACCCCAACCGAGACCGCAGUGUGCCCGUGACCACUGAGCUGCUGAACAAGCAGGUGAAGGUGAGUGCUGACAUGGCCAUCUUCAUCACCAUGAACCCUGGGUACGCCGGACGCUCCAACCUGCCGGAUAACCUGAAGAAGCUGUUCCGGAGUCUGGCCAUGACCAAGCCGGACCGGCAGCUGAUCGCGCAGGUCAUGCUUUACUCGCAGGGCUUCCGCACCGCAGAGAUCCUCGCCAAGAAGAUCGUGCCGUUCUUCAAGUUGUGUGACGAGCAGCUGUCGUCUCAGUCUCACUACGACUUCGGCCUGCGUGCGCUCAAGAGCGUGCUGAUCAGCGCCGGCAACGUCAAGCGAGAGCGCAUCCAGAAGAUCAAGCGGGAGAAGGGCGAGCGCGGCGAGGUCGUGGACGAGAACGAGAUCGCAGAGAACCUUCCGGAGCAGGAGAUCCUGAUCCAGAGUGUGUGUGAGACGAUGGUGCCGAAGCUGGUGGCGGAGGACAUCCCUCUGCUGUUCAGUCUGCUGUCGGACGUGUUCCCCGGCGUCCAGUACAUGCGCGGCGAGAUGACGGCGCUGCGGGACGAGCUGAAGAAGGUCUGUGCCGAGAUGUACCUGACGUACGGAGACGGAGACGACGUGGGCAGCAUGUGGGUGGAGAAGGUCCUGCAGCUGUACCAGAUCACCCAGAUCAACCACGGGCUGAUGAUGGUGGGCCCGUCGGGCAGUGGGAAGACCAUGGCCUGGAGGGUUCUGCUGAAGGCCCUGGAGCGGCUCGAGGGCCUGGAGGGCGUGGCGCACAUCAUCGACCCCAAGGCCAUCAGCAAAGACCACCUGUACGGCACGCUGGACCCCAACACGCGCGAGUGGACUGACGGGCUCUUCACACACGUGCUCCGCAAGAUCAUUGAUAACGUGCGUGGAGAGCUGCAGAAGAGGCAGUGGAUCAUCUUCGACGGCGAUGUGGAUCCCGAGUGGGUGGAGAACCUGAACUCUGUGCUGGACGACAACAAGCUCCUGACUCUGCCCAACGGAGAGCGCCUCAGCCUGCCGCCCAACGUGCGCAUCAUGUUCGAGGUGCAGGACCUGAAGUACGCCACGCUGGCCACGGUGUCUCGCUGCGGGAUGGUCUGGUUCAGCGAGGACGUUCUCAGCACCGACAUGAUCUUCAACAACUUCCUGGCUCGCCUGCGGAGCAUCCCAUUGGACGAGGGAGAGGACGAGGCUCAGCGAAUGAGGAAGGCCACCGAGGACGAGGGAGACGAGGCCGCCUCACCGAUGCUGCAGAUCCAGAGAGACUCGUCUGCGGUCCUGCAGCCGUACUUCACCUCCACCGGGCUGGUGAUCAAAGCGCUGGAGCACGCCUCCAAGAUGGAGCACAUCAUGGACUUCACCCGCCUGCGCUCGCUCAGCUCGCUGUUCUCCAUGCUGCACCAGGCCUGCCGCAACGUGGCGCUCUACAACAACAACCACCCCGACUUCCCCAUGCCCGUCGACCAGCUGGAGAAGUACAUGCAGAAGUACCUGAUCUACGCAGUGCUGUGGUCGUUCUCGGGCGACAGCCGGCUGAAGAUGAGGGCCGAGCUCGGGGAAUACAUCCGCCGCAUCACCACCGUAUCUCUGCCGUCUGCGCCCAACGUGCCGAUCAUCGACUACGAGGUGUGCAUCACGGGCGAGUGGCAGUCGUGGCAGGGGAAGGUGCCCCAGAUCGAGGUGGAGACCCAUAAGGUGGCGUCCCCUGAUGUGGUGGUGCCCACGCUGGACACGGUGCGGCACGAGGCGCUGCUCUACACAUGGCUGGCCGAACACAAGCCGCUGGUGCUCUGUGGGCCGCCCGGCUCCGGCAAGACCAUGACCCUCUUCAGCGCGCUGAGAGCCCUGCCCGACAUGGAGGUGGUGGGCCUGAACUUCUCGAGCGCCACGACCCCGGAGCUGCUGCUGAAGACGUUCGAUCACUACUGCGAGUACCGCAGGACUCCUAACGGUGUGGUUCUGGCGCCGGUGCAGCUGGGCAAGUGGCUGGUGCUGUUCUGCGACGAGAUCAACCUGCCCGACAUGGACAAGUACGGCACGCAGCGGGUCAUCUCCUUCAUCAGACAGAUGGUGGAGCACGGCGGCUUCUAUCGCACCUCAGACCAGACGUGGGUGAAGCUUGAGCGGAUCCAGUUCGUCGGGGCCUGUAAUCCUCCCACUGACCCGGGCCGGAAGCCUCUCUCUUACAGGUUUUUGCGUCAUGUGCCGGUGGUGUACGUGGACUAUCCCGGGCCGGCCUCACUGACCCAGAUCUACGGCACCUUCAACCGAGCCAUGCUGAGGCUCAUCCCGUCCCUGAGGACCUUCGCUGAGCCGCUCACCGCUGCCAUGGUCGAGUUCUACACCAUGUCUCAGGAGCGGUUCACGCAGGACACGCAGCCGCACUACAUCUACUCCCCGAGAGAGAUGACCCGCUGGGUGCGGGGGAUCUUCGAGGCGCUGAGGCCGCUAGAGACGCUGCCCGUCGAGGGGCUCAUCCGCAUCUGGGCUCACGAGGCGCUCCGACUCUUCCAGGACCGAUUGGUGGAGGACGAGGAGAGACGCUGGACCGAUGAAAACAUCGACAUGGUCGCCUUGAAACACUUUCCCAACAUCGACCGUGACAAAGCCCUCAACAAACCCAUCCUGUACAGCAACUGGCUCUCCAAGGACUACGUGCCCGUGGAGCAGGAGGAGCUGCGCGACUAUGUGAAGGCCAGACUGAAGGUGUUCUACGAGGAGGAGCUGGACGUUCCUCUCGUGCUCUUCAAUGAGGUUCUGGAUCACGUGCUGAGGAUCGACAGAAUCUUCCGUCAGCCGCAGGGUCAUCUUCUCCUGAUCGGGGUCAGCGGAGCCGGGAAGACAACGCUCUCACGCUUCGUGGCCUGGAUGAAUGGACUCAGUGUCUAUCAGAUCAAGGUCCACAGGAAGUACACCGGCGAGGACUUCGACGAAGACCUGCGGACGGUCCUCCGGCGCUCCGGCUGCAAGAACGAGAAGAUCGCCUUCAUCAUGGACGAGUCGAACGUGCUGGACUCGGGAUUCCUGGAGCGCAUGAACACACUGCUGGCCAACGGAGAGGUGCCCGGCCUGUUCGAGGGCGACGAAUACGCCACGCUGAUGACGCAGUGUAAGGAGGGCGCACAGAAGGAGGGCUUGAUGCUGGACACCCAUGAGGAGCUUUACAAGUGGUUCACGAGUCAGGUGAUCAGGAACCUGCAUGUGGUGUUCACCAUGAACCCGUCGUCAGAGGGACUGAAGGACCGCGCGGCCACGUCACCCGCCCUCUUCAACAGGUGUGUGCUCAACUGGUUUGGUGAUUGGUCCACUGAAGCGCUCUACCAGGUGGGUAAAGAGUUCACCAGCAAGAUGGACCUGGAGAAGCCCAACUACAAAGUGCCCGACUACAUGCCCAUCGUGUACGACAAGCUUCCGCAGCCGCCCACCCACCGCGAGGCUAUCGUCAACGGCUGCGUGUUCGUCCACCAGACGCUGCACCAGGCUAACAACCGCUUGGCUAAGCGUGGUGGCCGCACGAUGGCGAUCACCCCACGCCACUACCUGGACUUCAUCAACCACUACGCCAACCUGUUCAACGAGAAGCGCAGCGAGCUGGAGGAGCAGCAGAUGCACCUCAAUGUGGGACUGCGCAAGAUCAAGGAGACCGUCGAUCAGGUGGAGGAGCUGCGGCGCGACCUGCGGAUCAAGAGUCAGGAGCUGGAGGUCAAGAACGCUGCCGCCAACGACAAGCUGAAGAAGAUGGUGAAGGACCAGCAGGAGGCCGAGAAGAAGAAGGUCAUGAGUCAGGAGAUACAGGAAGCAGUUUACAAGCAGCAGGAAGUGAUCAAAGACAAGCAGCUGCGAGUGAAGCAGGACCUGGACCAGGUGGAGCCGGCCGUCAUCGAGGCUCAGAACGCUGUUAAAUCGAUUAAGAAGCAGCACUUAGUGGAGGUGCGGUCGAUGGCCAACCCGCCGGCGGCAGUCAAGCUGGCGCUGGAGUCCAUCUGUCUGCUGCUGGGCGAGAGCACCACCGACUGGAAGCAGAUUCGCUCCAUCAUUAUGCGCGAGAACUUCAUCCCCACUAUUGUGAACUUUUCUGCUGAUGAGAUCAGUGACUCCAUCCGGGAGAAGAUGAAGAAGAACUACAUGUCCAACCCCAGCUACAACUACGAGCAGGUCAACCGCGCGUCUCUGGCCUGCGGGCCGAUGGUCAAGUGGGCGAUCGCUCAGCUGAAUUACGCAGACAUGCUGAAGCGCGUGGAGCCCCUGAGGAACGAGCUGCAGAAGCUGGAGGACGACGCCACAGACAACAAGACGAAGGCGGAGGAGGUGGAGCAGAUGAUCCGGGACCUGGAGGCUAGCAUCGCGCGCUACAAGGAGGAGUACGCCGUGCUAAUCUCAGAAGCGCAGGCCAUCAAAGCCGACCUGGCGGCCGUGGAGGCGAAGGUGAACCGCAGCACAGCUCUGCUGAAGAGCUUAUCCGCCGAGCGGGAGCGCUGGGAGAAGACCAGCGAGACCUUUAAGAACCAGAUGUCCACGAUCGCGGGCGACUGCCUGCUCUCCGCGGCGUUCGUGGCGUACGCCGGCUACUUCGACCAGCAGAUGAGGCAGAACCUGUUCACCACCUGGUCCCAUCACCUGCAGCAGGCCAACGUGCAGUUCCGCACAGACAUCGCCAGGACGGAGUAUCUGUCGAACGCUGACGAGCGACUGCGCUGGCAGGCUAACUCUCUGCCGGCCGACGACCUGUGCACGGAGAACGCCAUCAUGCUGAAGAGGUUCAACCGGUAUCCGCUCAUCAUCGACCCCUCGGGUCAGGCCACCGAGUUCAUCAUGAACGAGUACAAGGACCGCAAGAUCACGCGCACCAGCUUUCUGGACGACGCCUUCAGGAAGAACCUGGAGAGCGCUCUGCGUUUCGGCAACCCUCUGCUGGUGCAGGACGUGGAGAGCUACGACCCGAUCCUGAACCCGGUGCUGAACCGAGAGGUGCGGCGCACCGGAGGCCGAGUGCUCAUCACGCUCGGGGAUCAGGACAUCGAUCUGUCCCCGUCCUUCGUCAUCUUCCUCUCCACGCGAGACCCCACGGUGGAGUUCCCCCCCGACCUCUGCUCUCGCGUGACCUUUGUGAACUUCACGGUGACCCGCAGCAGCCUCCAGAGCCAGUGCCUGAACGAGGUCCUGAAGGCCGAGCGGCCCGACGUGGACGAGAAGCGCUCCGACCUCCUGAAGCUCCAGGGUGAGUUCCAGCUGCGUCUGCGUCAGCUCGAGAAGUCUCUCCUGCAAGCCCUGAACGAGGUCAAGGGUCGUAUCCUGGACGACGACACCAUCAUCACGACCCUGGAGAACCUGAAGAAGGAGGCGGCGGAGGUGACGAGGAAGGUGGAGGAGACCGACAUUGUGAUGCAGGAGGUGGAGUCGGUGUCGCAGCAGUACCUGUCCCUGGCCUCGGCCUGCAGCAGCAUCUACUUCACCAUGGAGGCGCUUAACCAGAUGCACUUCCUGUACCAGUACUCGCUGCACUUCUUCCUGGACAUCUACCACACUGUGCUGUACGAGAACUCGAACCUGAAGAGUGUGAGCGACCACACACAGCGCCUGACGCACAUCACCAAAGACCUGUUCCAGGGCGCGUUUAACCGAGUGGCUCGAGGGAUGCUGCAUCAGGAUCACAUCACGUUCGCUGUACUGCUCGCCCGGAUCAACCUGAAGGGCCUGACCAGCGAACCCUCGUACGACGCAGAGUUCCAGCACUACUUGCGUGGGAAGGAGAUUGUGUUGAGCGGGGCGAGCGUGCCGAAGUUGAAGGGUCUGAGCGGAGAGCAGGCGGAGGCCAUGGUGCGCCUCAGCCGAGUGCCAGCCUUCAGAGACCUGGUGUCCACCGUCCAGGCGGAUGAGCAAUUCUUUAUGUGGCUGGAGAGCAACUCGCCUGAGCUGUCGGUGCCGUACCUGUGGAGCGAAGAGAAGGCGUCCACUCUGAUUGGUCAGGCCGUCCACCAGCUGCUGCUGAUCCAGGCGUUCAGACCCGAUCGUCUGCUGGCCAUGUCACACAUCUUUGUGUCCAAAAUCCUGGGAGAAAACUUCAUGGCCAUCAUCGAUCAGCCACUAGACCUGGCCAACAUCGUGGACAGCGAGGUGAAGCCGGGGACGCCGGUGCUGAUGUGUUCUGUGCCCGGGUACGAUGCUAGUGGUCUAGUGAGGGAUCUCGCCGCCGAGCAGAACAAACACAUCACCUCCAUCUCCAUCGGUUCUGCUGAAGGGUUUAAUAAGGCGGACCGAGACAUCAACACAGCGGUGAAGUCGGGCAGGUGGGUGAUGCUGGAGAACGUGCAUCUGGCUCCCGGUUGGCUGAUGCAGCUGGAGAAGAAACUCCACUCCAUGCAACCGCACGCCAGUUUCCGGCUCUUCCUCACCAUGGAGAUCAACCCGAAGGUGCCGGUGAACCUGCUGCGUGCCGGACGCAUCUUCGUGUUCGAGCCUCCUCCGGGUAUGAAGGCCAACAUGCUGCGCACCUUCAGCAAUAUCCCUGUGGCGCGCAUGUGUAAGUCCCCGAACGAGCGCGCGCGCCUGUACUUCCUGCUGGCCUGGUUCCACGCCGUCAUCCAGGAGCGGCUCCGUUACGCUCCGCUCGGCUGGUCCAAGAAAUACGAGUUCGGGGAGUCGGACCUGCGCUCCGCCUGCGACACCAUCGACACCUGGCUGGAUGACACGGCGAAGGGUCGGCAGAACAUCUCUCCGGAUAAGAUCCCGUGGGCGGCUCUGAAGACUCUGAUGGCUCAGUCGAUCUACGGCGGGCGCAUCGAUAACGAGUUCGACCAGCGGCUCCUGAACACGUUCCUGGAUCGGCUCUUCACCACCAGCAGCUUCGACAGCGAGUUCAAGCUGGCGCUCAAAGUGGACGGGCACAAGGACAUCAAGAUGCCCGACGGCAUCCGGCGUGAGGAGUUCAUCCACUGGGUGGAGCUGCUGCCGGACACUCAGACUCCAUCAUGGCUCGGGCUGCCGAGUAACGCAGAGAAGGUCCUGCUCACGACUCAGGGCAUUGACAUGAUGGGGAAGCUGUUGAAGAUGCAGAUGUUGGAGGAUGAGGACGACCUGGCGUACGAGACGGAGAAGAAGCGCUCGACGUCCUCGACUGACGCCCAGCCGGCCUGGAUGAGAACGCUCCUGUCCACCGCUCGCAACUGGCUCCUGCUGAUCCCCGAGGCCGUCAGCCCGCUCAAGCGCACCGUGGAGAACAUCAAGGACCCGCUGUUCCGCUUCUUCGAGCGCGAGGUGAAGAUGGGCUCCCGCAUGCUGCAGGACGUGCGUCAGGAUCUGACGGAUGUGGUUCAUGUGUGUGAGGGCAAGAAGAAGCAGACCAACGACCUGCGCACGCUCAUCAACGACCUGGUCAAAGGCAUUCUCCCGCGCAGCUGGUGUCGCUACACCGUCCCGGCGGCCAUGACGGUGAUCCAGUGGGUGUCGGACUUCAGCGAGAGGAUCCAGCAGCUGCAGCAGAUCUCACAGGGGGCGGCCACUGGGGGCGCUAAAGAGCUCAAGAACAUCCAUGUGACCCUGGGGAGCCUGUUCGUGCCCGAGGCCUACAUCACCGCCACCCGCCAGUACGUGGCUCAGGCCAACAGCUGGUCUCUGGAGGAACUGUGUCUCGAGGUCAACGUCACAUCAGCACAGGGAGCAGCCCUCGACGCCUGCAGCUUCGGCAUCAAGGGUCUGAAGCUGCAGGGAGCCGUGUGCGCAAACAACAAGCUCUCUCUGUCCACCACCAUCUCCACUGACCUCCCGCUGACACAACUACGCUGGAUGAAGCAGAGCAACAGCGAGAAGAGGAACAUGGUCACACUGCCCGUGUAUCUGAACUUCACGCGGGCCGACCUCAUCUUCACCGUUGACUUUGACAUCGCCACCAAGGAAGACCCGCAUCACUUCUACGAGCGCGGGGUCGCGGUCCUGUGCACCGAGUAGAACACGCUUUACCCAGCAUGCCUCAGUGUAGAGGAAGAGCUCGAACGCUUCUCUUUACCCAGCAUGCCUCAGUGUAGUGUAGUGUAAUCAUAACUGUGUAGUGUAAUCAUAACUGUGUAGUGUAAUCAUAACUGUGUCUUUACUGGGACGAGGUCAGAAGGUCAGAAGCAUGUUGGACGAUGGACUGUGUGUGUUUCUCACACAGAUGUUUUAGUGGAACCGACGAGAAUUGUGUGUUUUAGAUGGAAAAAUGGAAGUUGAUCAGUUUAGCUUGAUUGGUGGUUUUCAAUAAAGCUCAGAUGUUCCUGAA